AUGGAGGCGGUCGCGGCGGCCGGUGGCGCCGGGCUGGCCGGGUGGCAGGCGGCGGCGCUGUCGGGCGCGGCGGGCUGGGUGUGGGCGGCCUCCCACUACGACCUCACGCGCCGGGCGCGCGCGCUGGCGCAGCCCUGGGUCACCCGCCGCGUCCACGCCGAGACGCCCUCCAUCCUCACCUUCCAGAGGCUGCAGCACAGGUUGCUGGACAACUUCUUCUCCGUGCUGUCAUGCUUUGUCUCUGUCCCUUUCUACACGGGAUUCCUCCCCCUCCUCUUCUGGAGUGGACAUGGCAAGCUGGCUAGGCAAAUGACCCUGCUGCUGGCCUUCUGCGAUUACCUGGGCAACGCUGUCAAGGAUUUAGUGUCAGCUCCUCGGCCGUGUUCCCCUCCCGUGAGGAGAGUCACAGCUACCGAAGAUGAGAAGGAAAAUGCCAUGGAAUAUGGACUGCCUUCAUCGCACGCUCUCAACACCGUUUGUUUGAUGGGAUACAUGUUACAUUAUGUCCUCACAUAUGGACCAUGUGAUGGUUUCACGAUUGCCACGGGUCUUUCUCUAGCUUUCAUGCUCGUUACGUUAAUUGGAAUUGCGAGGGUAUACUUGGGCAUGCACAGCUUGACCGACGUUAUCGCUGGGAUCUCUUUUGGCAUCGUGAUCCUUGCAUUCUGGUUGGUUGUCCAUGAUCAUGUUGAUGCCUUUGUCGUCUCCGGCCAAAAUGUCACAUUCUUCUGGGCAAGCCUUUCUCUAGUGCUCUGCUUUGCAUAUCCAAAGCCAGAAUUCCCAACUCCUAGCUUUGAAUUCCACACAGCAUUCAACGGGGUCGCUUUCGGAAUUGUCUACGGCGUGCAGCAGACGUACACCCGUUUCCAUGGCCCGGAAGCCCCCCUCAUUCUCAGCCAUCAACUACCCCUCCUCGCCUAUGCUGGGAGGGUCCUUGUGGGGAUCCCGACCAUCCUGGCCGUGAAGUCCUGUAGCAAGGCGCUCUCGAAAUGGCUCCUGCCGGUCAUGUGCAGCACCCUGGGGGUCCCGAUCGUCUCGUCCUGCUAUGUGCCCGCGCUGAAGCCAUCCGACAUUGGCGGCGGCUCAGGCAACAAGGACGAGGCCAAGCAGGCCGGCGGAUACCUCCAGCGGCUCUUCUCCCUCUUCCCUCAGAAGGCGUAUGAUGUAGACACCGGCAUCAGGUUCGUGCAGUACGCCGGGCUUGCGUGGUCGGUGGUCGACCUGGUGCCGGUGAUCUUCACGCAUCUGAACCUGUGA